AUGAAAUUCUCGGCCGCUACCGCUCUCGCUCUUGCCACCGUCGCGUCUGCCUCUCCCCUCCUCAAGAGGCAGCAGGACCCCAAUGCCACCGGUGGCGCCGCCGGCGCCGGGGGCGACAACUCCACCUCGAGCAGCGGAGGCUCCGAGAACGGCACCUCGACCAACGACCCGACUCCCAUCCCGCUCAACCUCAACGACACGCAGAUCCUUCAGUACGCUCUGACGCUCGAGCACCUCGAGGCCGCCUUCUACAACCAGAGCCUGCAGCAGCUCGGCGAGGACGCCUUCAGCCAGGCCGGCUUCAAUGCCUCGACGCGCAACCAGCUCUACAGCAUCGGCCGCGACGAGGCGGCGCACGUCGACUUCCUCACCCAGGCGCUCGGCCCGGACGCGGUCGGCGCGUGCACCUACAACUUCUCUGCUGUCCAGGACGUUCCCUCGUUCCUUGCCACCGCCCAGGUGCUCGAGGGCGUUGGCGUGAGCGCCUACAUCGGGGCUGCCAGGAACAUCACGUCCAAGGACUACCUGGUUUCGGCCGCCUCGAUCCUCACCGUCGAGUCGAGGCACGCCAGCUACAUCAACUCGCAGGUCAGCGCGGACGGCAACGUCGUCCCCUCGCCCUACGACACCCCGCUCGACUUCAACCAGGUCUACUCGCUCGCGGCUCCCUUCAUCACCGAGUGCCCCCGCAACCAGAGCCUUCCCUUCUCGCCUUUCCCUGCUGCCAGCCUCUCGCCCGCCGGCGGUGCCGAUGCCUCGAGCAACAAUGGCUUCUUCACCCCCGGAUCGCAGGUCACCGUGAGCUACGACAGCGGCAACUCGACCAACGGCGGCAGUGGUGCAAUGGGCAACAACUCGUCCAGCGGCAUGGACGGACAGACCUACCUCGCCAUCAUCCAGGGCCCUACCCCUCCCGUCUUCCUGCCCUUCACCCAGGACCAGCCUGUCACGCUUCCCUCUAACCUCACGGGCGGACAGAUCUACGCCAUCGUCACGUCGUCCAACAGCUCGGUGACGGACGACAACACCAUCGCCGGCCCCGCCGUUGCCUACAUCAACGUGCCCCUCCCCGAGGCCCCCUCGGCUUCCGCCAGCGCCUCGUCGUCGGCCGGUAGCACCGGUGCCGCCGGCGCGCCCGGAGCCUCCGAGACUGGCUCCAUGUCAAUGAUGCCCACUGCCUCCUCGGCUGCCGGCUCGUCGACCCAGACCAACGGCGGUGCAGCUGGUGCCGGACCUAUGGCCACCUCGUCGGGCUCGUCGGGCAUGAUGCCCACUGACGCCGCAGGAUCUUCGUCGGCCGCUCCCUCGGCCACCGCCAGCGGCAUUAGCAGCGAGCUGAGCGCCGCCCAGGCGAGCGCUAGCGCCUUCACCGGCUCCGUCGGCAGUGCUUCCGCUGCCCCUGCUCCCACGGGCUCGGCUUGA